GUCGAGGGACUGCCCCUGCCGGCGACGAGGCAGGAGGGGGACGCUCGCCCGAUCGCAACCGGGAACUGGGGUUGUGGCUCUCGCAGCGGGGAUCCCCAGCUGAAGGCCCUCAUCCAGUGGCUGGCUGCCAGCAUGGCCCAGGCCCCGUGCUUGCUCUACUAUACCUUCGGACAGCCUCGACUCGGCCGGCUGAAGGAGUUGACCACCGCGAUCCUCGCAAGAGGCUGGACCGUGGGCCAGCUGUGCGCCGCCAUCCUCCAAUACUCCGAGACCUCUCUGAUCGACUUCCAGGAGAAGACAUUCUCGGAUUGCGUCCAGAGGAUGACCUCCCAGCAGCAACGGCAAGAGCGACGCUCCCUGUCGCAUUCCACGUCGACGUCCUCGUCGGCCUCCGAGCGGUUCUCGUACUGGCGGCUGGAGGUGACGUUGUUCGACGCCCUCCUGGCCGUCGUUGCCAGGCCUGCCCGUACCAGCGAACCCUUAGAAACCGAGCUGUGAUUUCUGUCUCCAAACGUCGGACCACUGGAGAAUAAACCGAU